UGCUAGCGUGGGGAAAGCAGCUGACCCGGAGGCGGGUGACCUCUGAUCUGUCUGCUAGCCCGGCACAGGCGCCUUGGGGCGGGGCAUGAGCUCCGGGGCGGCCUCGCGGCUGCUGGUCCUCCAGCGACACCUGGACUACCCUGAGGGCGGUGGCAUGGAGCCGGUGGGCAGCCCACUGACCACACAUGUACUGGACACCACCUCAGGCCUUCCUGCUCAGGGCCUCUGCCUCCACUUGUCCCGGCUGCAGGACCUGGGCCAGCAGUGGAUGGAGCUGAGGACAAGCUACACAGAUCCAGACGGUCGGUGCCCCGGGCUCUUGACACCAGGCCAGAUGAAGGCCGGCACCUACAAGCUGUUGUUCGACACUCAGGACUACUGGAAGAGGAGGGGGCAGGAGAGCUUCUACCCUUAUGUGGAGGUGGUCUUCACCAUCACGAACGAGACUCAGAAGUGCCAUGUGCCUCUGCUGCUGAGCCCAUGGUCCUACACCACCUACCGAGGGAGCUAGAGUUCAGCGUAGCACACGGAGCCCGUCUGAUGCUCCCUCUGGCUGAGCCGCCCACCCAGUCCUCAGCAGAGGGUCUGUGACCAUCCCAGGGGCCGAAGUCACCUGCUUCCUGGGUGAGGGUCUGGCCCCCUGAAGUUUCUCAGUGGGCUGCAAUAAAUUCCACGCUGCCAUCUGCAAA